UUUUGGUUCGCAGCACAGCUGUACACCAGAUGAACUUCUUAUAAAGUCCAAGAAUUCCGUUACAGUUCUCCUUUGUAACCCGAAUUCUCUUCUAUAUGUAUACCGAUCUAUGGUCCUUUAUCUUUCUCAAAUCCAAGUACCCGAAUCCUCUGAUCCGUCGAUUGUCGCCUGGGAUAGCGCAAUGCUGUGAAUAUCCCGAAUCGCACCUCUCCCUAUUUGACUUCAACAGAACCUAUUCCCAACAUGAUCCCUGGAAUUGAUGCUCCCUUUGCCUAUCUCGGGGGGAAACUCGGUGCUUCGACAGACGAGCUGAAGCUCAUCUUCUCUUUUUUGAUUUCCUAUCCUCUCGCAGGGGUAUUGAAACGGAUCCCGGACACCAAGCCGUGGCAGAAGAAUGUAUUCAGCAUCAGUGUCUCCUUGUUUUACCUUGUUGGUCUGUUUGACUUGUGGGCUGGACUCCGAACGCUCUUUUGUAGUGCCGCAGCGACGUAUCUCAUUGCGAAAUAUGUCCAAGGCUCGCUCAUGCCAUGGCUUGCGUUCGCAUUCCUGAUGGGACACCUGUCCAUCAGUCACCUCGAACGACAGUUCGUCAACAAUCCGGCAGCAGUUGACGUCACUGGUGCACAAAUGGUUCUCCUCAUGAAGCUUUCCUCCUUCGCCUGGAAUGUGCACGAUGGCAAAUUCCCAGAUUCGGAGCUAUCGGAGCAUCAACGAGACCGGGCAAUCAAGCAAAUGCCGGGCCUCCUGGAUUAUGCUGGUUACUUUCUCUUUUUCCCAUCCCUAAUGGGUGGACCAUCUUUUGACUACGUUGAUUAUACACGGUACAUCAACACCAGUAUGUUCGAGCUUCCUCCGGGUACCGAUCCAUCCAAGGCGCCCCGAACUCGCAAGAAGCGAAGAGUCCCGCAAAGCCACUGGCCAGCAAUGCGGAAAGCUGCCGAGGGAAUCUUCUGGAUCGUGAUUUUCUUGCAGCUGGUUGGAAGGUAUAACAAUGUCACCGUUGUGUCUGACAGUUUCAUGGAAAAAAACUUCUUCCACCGAGUCUUUAUCCUCCAUAUGCUCGGUUUCACCACGCGGGCGAAGUACUAUGGUGUAUGGUCUCUUACCGAGGGGGCUUGCAUUCUUUCCGGAAUCGGAUAUGGAGGCGUUGACCCCAAAACAGGACAAGCAAAUUGGAACCGCCUCCAAAACAUCAGACCGAUAGGAGUCGAAACUGCGCAGAAUGUCCGAGCCUAUCUUGGAAAUUGGAACUUGAACACCAACAACUGGCUUCGAAAUUACGUGUAUCUUCGCGUUACUCCGAAGGGAAAGAAACCUGGUUUCCGGGCGUCCCUAGCGACCUUCAGUGCGAGUGCAAUGUGGCAUGGUUUCUUUCCAGGCUACUACUUAGCCUUCGUCUUAGCAUCGUUUCUGCAAACAAUGGCUAAACAUGGCCGGCGCCUUGUGCGACCAUUCUUCUUGGAUUAUCAGAACGUGGAUGCAAACAACGAGCCCAGUCCGACCAAAUAUAAGUGGGUAUAUGACGCUUUCACGUGGUUCAUCACCCAGACCGCAUUCGCGUUCGUCGUCGCACCGUUCAUUAUCCUUACCCUUGACGGCUCUCUACGCGCUUGGUCGGGUGUGUAUUGGUAUUGUAUUGUGGGAGUAGCGUUUUGCCAACUCUUCCUCCUCACCCCAUUCGCAAAGCAGCUCGCCGCCGCCGCCAAACGACGUCAAGGUCUUGCUCCAGGGAAACGGCCGCCAGUGUCGCGGACCACAAGCCAUGAGGCAGGUGGCAGAACGCUGGGCCUCCCCGAAGAUCCCGAAGGAGAUAUUGAUGAGAUUGUUGAAGAGGUCAAGGCGGAGCUCAACAAAAUCCGGGCCCAAAGAGGAGGCCAGGCGCUGACCUUGACGGAUAUUCGUGGCAUUCUGGAGGAGAAGGUCAAGGAGUUAGGGCAUGCCCUGGGAGACGAGACCACGAAAACAGGCCGAGGCACUGGACAAAUUGUGGACGGCUUGAAGGCUGACGUGAAAGAGGAGGCGGUCAAGAAGGUCGAGGAUAAGAAGAGCAGAUAGUUUGGGGAGCAUUGUUCCAAUAUUAUGCACGCACAUUCCUCCAGGUACACAUGCUUUGAACGGUUCCUUGAGCGAGUUUCUGACUUUUCGUCAAUAUGUCGGUAUGACUGAUGAAGCCGUAGUGUUGUAAAUUAUUGAAUA